GACAAGGAUGAGCUCGAUGAGGUACUUGCAGAACUCUCACUCAAGUAUUCCAAUACACCUUCGUCUUCCGGCACUACCACUCAAGCUUCUGUGGACGCUCUAGCCUCUCGGUUAUCCGUGUCCCUAUCCCAUCUCGACAGCGAAGCCGAGAUGCGCAAGUUUUUCGGCUCCAAGGUCGUCCAAGCGAGCAAAGCAGAUACGCCCGGGGCUCCAUCGUCCUCACGCAGACAGCAUACGGCGCUACGCUCCCAUCUGACUCGCCCGCAACCGGCUUGGGCCCAAGCACGGACUCGCCAAGGCCUGUCAAUACGGCCCCUUGCUGAGAGUGAGUUGAGGCAUCAAGCAGCAGCCGUUUCCGUUUCGGGCGAGAAGUGGUGGACUGUCGAGUACAGCAAAAAGUAUAAGAGUAUGACCAAGGUGUUCAUACAGACCGUGCAAGCUGGUGACCCGCAGGGACUAUUUGACAUGUGUCGGAGUAUGCCCUGGCAUGCCGAUACGUUAUUGCAGAUGGCUCAAGUGUUCAGACACCGCGAGGAACACUCUCAAGCUGUCGACUUCAUCGACCGAGCCUUGUUUGCCUACGAGCGGUCCUUCAUCGGAGCUUUCACGUUUACGAGCGGUCUGAACCGCCUCGCGUUUGACUUUGUCGAGAAUCGGCCCUUCUUUUUGGCUCUACAUCGCCAAGCGGCGGACCUUCAGCGUAGAGGGUGCCUACGUACGGCGUUUGAGUUUGCGCGGCUGAUGUACUCGCUUGACCCGUGGAAUGAUCCACAUGGGGCCCUUUAUCAUCUUGACUAUCUUGCUUUUAAAGGGAACAUGACUGGAUGGUUAUUGGAGAUGUUUGAUCUCUUCAAGGGGAGACGAAAGGAGAAGGGGGCUCGCAUCAAUCCUAGCAUAUUGCCUGGAUGGAUGUACGCGAGGGCUUUAGCUUUGAGAGUUAGUCGUGAUACCAAGCAACGGGAGUCAAGUACAAAGGCAUUGAUCGAGGCUGUCAAAUCUUUCCCUUCGGUCGUUCCUGUUCUAGCGGAUAAACUGGAAGUCUCGUUACCCACAUCUAUACGUGGCCAUCGUGAUUUCAGAAUCGAAACCGAUGGAAACUCGUUGAAAGAACCGGUUGCGAUUCUUCACCUUUUGUCUCACCUGUACGUUCAGCGGUCAUUAGCGGUAUGGAAAGAUCACGCCGAGUGGUUCAAGGAGACCGUAACUACGCACUUCUCCAAGACCUCUUCCCUUCCCGUAACCGACGAACGCAAGAUGUUUCUAGAACUGUUCAGUCACACGAAUCUACAGUACGCGGCCUAUCGACACGUCAUGGUGCUAGAAUAUCGCAACCUGUUCCGAUACAUUCCCAGGGAGAUCCUCGCUCGGAAGUCUUUGGACUGUGAUCCCCUACCUCCCCCAACGGCCGUAACAGCCUACGACGAGGAGUUCUUCGAAGGCGUCGACAUUGAUAUACACGAACCUCUGACUAGGCGCCAGCGCCAAGCACAGGAGAGAAGGCUAGCACAAAUUAUUCCCGAUGCGAAUACUAGGGCACAAAUAGAGGUGCGUAUUACAUUACAUUCAUGUCCAUGGCUCUACGUAUCAUUAAUUUUGUACUACUACAUUUCAGGCUCUGAUGGCCGCACCCCAAGUUGCUGCGAUGUUUCCUGGUGGGAUCAUGCAGUUCCUUCAGGCGUUCCAGGAUCUCCCUCAGGAUAUGCUGGAUAACCUUCAGGACAUCAUGGUCCAGAAUGAAGGGGGCAUGGGGAU